AUGGAUAGAUAUAACUAUACAAGAGAGAGGGAUAUUUCACAUACUUCAAAUCCUUCAUUUUCUUCUACGCUACUUGAUGCAAUUUACCGUUCAAUUGAUCAAGGAGAAGAGGAACAAUUUGUACUAUACAAAGAAACAAUGCGCAAGAAGCAGAGCAACAACAACAACAUGGAAAAUUUCCAAAAGGUUUGUAUGAUUGAGAAAUGGAUGGAGCAUAAAGUCAGUGAAAAAGUUGCCGUUCGAAGAAAAUCAGCAGCAGAUUUUGAGAGAAAAUCAAGGAAUUUGAUGAACUCAAGUUCGAGUUCUUCAGAUUCAAGUUGUGGGGGAGUUUUUUCUUCUAAUUCAGAAGCUGAAUCUGUUUAUAAUAAUGGAGUGAAAUAUUCCUCUGGUUCUUCUUGUUAUGGUCUAAAUAGACCUAAACCUAUUCGAACUUCCAUUUCAACUACCCAAUCUUCUAAAAAUCUCAAUUUGGAAAGAGAUUUUGUUCCAAAAAUGAAAAAUGAAGGUGGGUUUGUUAAAACAAAGUCAAAAGCUUUGAAGAUUUACGGAGAUUUAAAGAAAGUUAAACAGCCAAUUUCUCCUGGGGGUCGUUUAGCUAGUUUUUUGAACUCCAUUUUCACUACGGGAAAUACAAAGAAACCCAAAGUUUCUUCUAGUUCAGCUAAUACAUCAACUUGUUCUUCAGCUUCUUCAUUUUCAAGAUCAUGUUUAAGUAAAAAUACUCCAAAAUCUAGCAAUAGUGGAGUUAAAAGAUCAGUUAGAUUUGUAGAUGAAGGUUGUCAGCCCAAUUUGGAAAGUGUGAAAAACAUUAGGAAAACUAUAAAUGAAGAAAUGAAAUUUCAUGCAAUGGAGAAAAAUCGAAGAGUGGAGGAAGCAGCUAAGGAAUUGUUGAAAAAUUAUCAGAAGAAAGUGGAGAGGGAAUUUGAUAUGAGGAAAAAUUCAGAAAUCAAGCAAAUGGAAGUUUUUGAAGAUGAAGAUUACGAAGAUGAUGACGUGGCAAGUUGUGCUAGUUCUGAUUUAUUUGAGCUUGAUAAUCUUUCUUCUAUUGGAAUAGAUAGGUAUAGUGAAGAAUUACCGGUUUAUGAAACUACUAAUCUUGGUACUAAUCGAGCCAUUGCUAAUGGUUUGAUUUUGUAA